CAGAUUUUGAUAUUCCUCAUCGUUGUGGAUGCUGAGGUUAUGUUUGAGUUGAGUUUCAGUCUUAUAUGUUUGAAAAACGUGGGGCAAGGGAAAAUAGAAAAAAAAGUUGGGGUUCUUCAAAAAAUGUUGUCCAUAAAAAUGUGUGAGAACUCUGAAUACAAAAAUAUGACAGUCGAAGCCUCCGUCAGUCUGCAGAUUCUCAGGCCUCCAGUUGAAGGGCGAAGCUCUAAGUCGACGGCAGCUGCUCUGAUCAGAGAGCCCGGCUGCCUUCGACUUAGUUGUUUUAGAAAUGCGUCUGUGUCUUUAUGGGAUGUCGCUCUCCCUACAGAACGUGUCCCUCUCUCAGCUCCAGGAGGACCGCCGGAGAGAUCUGCUCUGUCCGCCUCUGUCCUCCAGGGGGCGAUUCCCAGGACGCCCUGCUCUCCUGUUCCAGGAGUAGGCUUGCACCCACCAGGUCCUCCACUAGCAAGACCCAUUCUGCCCAAAGACAGAGGAGCCGUGGACCGGGUCAUUGAGUACCUGGUGGGGGAUGGACCACAGAACAGGUGA